GGAGGAAGUGACAGAAACAGAAGAGAAGACGAGGAGCUGCGCUGAGACAUACCCAUGGUAGUGUCUUCUGCUGAAGCAUGGCUACCUGGCAGCUCAGAAAUGCAUUGGAGCUUGCUUUAAUUCACCAGCCUGACACCGUGACAACUGACCUACUUGACCAGAUGCUAGAGGUCCCAUUCAAAGAACGGUAUCGUAGGCUGGACCUGCAGACUGUGCUUCCAGGUGGUGAUCAGUCGCCGCCGCUUCGCUUUGUGAUUACUGCUCUCAAUAUCUUGGAGAAGUAUGGUAAGAAUCUCCUCUCACCACAUCGGCCUAAGUUCUGGAGGAGUGUCAAAUUUAACAACCCUGUUUUUAAGUCGACUGUUGAUGCUGUUAAUGGUGGGCGUCAUGUCUUGUCAUUGUAUGGAUACACACAGUCUCUUCCAGAUGGUCUUAGCUUUCCAGAUGCUAUGGAGGAACCAGAUGCUGCCAAUGUUGCUGCAGUAACAGCAGAUGUCAUCAUCCUCCACCGUGAGCUCAAUCUUUUGAUCUCUAAUUCUCAUCCAUUCCAGGAUCAGGCAACCGAUGAACUGUUGAAAAUGAAUUUACCUCAGCACACCUUGGCCACCGAUUCUGUUGCUUUCUCCAGACCUGACCCAUCAGAAAUGUCCCCUGAAGGAUGUGGUCUCUGUGGUGUGAAGACAGUGUCUGUUGUGUGUACUUUAUGUAAUGAUAUGCUGUGUUUAGAGUGCGACCAUAGAGUACACUCGCAUCCCAAUCGUUCACAUCACCAACGCAACCCCUGUGGCACAUCACCCACACACAGGCCCAAGGAUGAUGAAUUUCUAUCACAUGUUUCAUCUCGUCCACCAUGGCGGUGUAUGUCGUGCCACACUUUAAAUAGAGGGGGGUCAGUGCUCUGUGUGGGAUGUGACCGUCCCCGUGGCUGUAACAAUGCAUUGAAUAUGUCAUUAGAAAAUCCUCAGCAGAAAGACACUUGGGUGUGUCAGGCUUGUACUCUACAGAAUCUUUCUUCAGCUGUCUUGUGUGCAGUGUGUGACCGACCUCGACUAGCCAGGAAACCAUCUAGAGACAUGCACACGUCUGCAGCUUUUUCCUUAAUGGAUAGUGAAGACGGCUACAAGACCACAGCCUUACCUGACCAGAGUAGACUUAUGUCUUUGCCAGAGAAUAGCAAGGUGCCUGGUAGUAUGUAUGAUAAAGCUGCCAGCAUUGAGCCAUCUAACCGAAGGCCACUGUCCCAAGGGAAUAACAAUGCUAGUCUUCAGUACUCAAAGAAAAGCAGCCCAGAUAACUCUUACCUGAUUGAGAACCCCAUAAAUGAGCUGAGAAGCGGCUUAGAAAUUUUUUCGGAACCUCUAAAUGGAGAAAAGGAAGAACACAUGAAAGUGUUAAAGGGUUGGCAGUGCAACCACUGCACAUUUUACAACAUGUGCGGUGGCCGUGUCUGUGAGAUAUGUGACCGGACCAGUGAAGAGGUGACACUGACAGAAGAGAAUAAGAAAGAACAAGAGAAACAGUUAAAAUACCAGGACGAGAUGAGACAGAGGAAGCUGAAAGAGGAUGGAGCAAAAUUAGUGGCAUUGAUUAAGGAAGGGGAGGCAAAUGGUGUGUCUCCAGAAGAGGUGUGCAGUGCAAUACGGUACUCUGGUACAGAGAAGCCUCUUCGGUGGCUGCAGUCUGAACUUGUGUAUGUGUUAGAGCGAUUAAUUGAUGCUGCAUCGCAGAAGGCAGGCUCUGAGUUGGGGACUUUCACACCAGACGAAGCUCGUAGUGCAUGGUUGUCAUGCGGAGGGGAUAUUGAGGAAACGGUGAACCUAUGCAUUAUACAACGAAAAAACAAGGUGGAAGAACUGUGUUCCCUUGGCUUCCAAGAUCGAGAUAAGGUGGUCGCGGCACUCUAUGAGAGUGCUGGCAGUGUGCCAGGAGCACUCAGCAUUUUACAGAUGCCUCUUUUGGAGCCCUUCCUGAAACGUGUAUGGCAAGAUAAAGAAGUUCCAUUUCAGAUAGAUUCCGGAGACAGACAGGCACUUCUCAGGCGAUUACUUGCGGAGCAUGCACUACAUAGCUGGGGGCGUGCCGAACUGGCUCUGUCGCUACUUCAGGAAGGGGAAGGACGGUAUAACCUUCAGGAUGUUGUGGAAGCAGUGAGAGAAUCACAGGACCGUGACUUUAUCAAGAGGAUGCUAACUCAAGAAUGCGCAGUCUGUGGAUGGCAGCUUCCACGCAAUAAGAUGCGCUGUCUAACUUCAUGUGAGUGCUGUAUAUGCCCAGAAUGCUUUCGGAUGCACUUUACAGUUGCAAUAAAGGAGAAACACAUUAGAGAUAUGGUGUGCCCAUCAUGCGAGGAGCCAGAGAUUAGCGAUGAGGGUGAACUCUUACAUUAUUUUUCUACACUAGAUAUUCUGUUACGGGACACUCUUGAAGAUGAUGCUUACAAUUUGUUCCAUAAAAAGUUGACAGAGAGAACACUUAUGAAAGAUCCAAAGUUUCUUUGGUGCACACAUUGUUCCUUUGGAUUUAUUUACGAACGGGAUCAACUUGAUGUAAAGUGCCCUCAGUGUGAUUGCAGCUUCUGCAGGACCUGCAAGCGACCAUGGGAGGAGCAGCAUCGAACCCUAACUUGUGAAGAUUUCCAAAGCUGGAAGAGAGAAAAUGAUGCUGAAUAUCAGGCACAGGGACUGGCUGUGUACCUGCAGGAAAAUGGAAUCACUUGUCCUCAUUGCAAAUUUUCUUACGCUCUUGCAAGGGGAGGUUGUAUGCAUUUUGUCUGCACUCAGUGUCGCCAUCAGUUUUGUAGUGGAUGUUACAACACCUUUCACUCCAAAAAUAAAUGUACAGUACCUGCAUGCACAGUCAGAAUGUCCCUCCAUGCUCAUCAUCCUAGAGACUGCUUAUUCUACCUACGAGACUGGGAGGUGUCCCGUCUGCAGACGCUUCUCCAGAUGUCUAAUGUGCCAUUUAAUACAGACCCACCUGCUGGAACACAUGCUGAACCUGGAGGUGGAUGUCGUGUGCUGGAGCAGAAAGAAUCUAUUGAUGGAUUGAAAGAUGAGGCCUGUGGAAAGAAGACUGCCCUUGGAUAUGCAGGGUUGUGUGAAUCUCAUUAUAAGGAGUAUUUGGUCAGUCGAAUUAAUGCUCUCUCUCUGGAGCCUUGCGUUCUCUAUGAUCUUGAAGAAAUUGUCGCUGUAUAUAAACGCUACCUUCAAAAAUGCCCCACUCGAGAGAUCAAUGAAGAUGAGAUAACUUACAAGGAAAGACUUAUAAACGUGCUGAUGUUUGAGGUGCCACUGAAUACAGUUGCUCAAAGAAAUCCCCAUCCGUAAAGCUUCUUCUUUUUUUUUUUUUUAAUGCCCUCUUUCAUUCUAGUUUAAAAAAAAUUGUAAAUUGGAUAUUUGUCCAUAAAUAAAAGCUACUAAAUAGUU